UUUAAAGAGACAGGCGCUACAACCGUCGUGGCGGCGCGCGGCCUGUGGUCGCCCGGUGCGAGGCCUGCGGUGUGCGCCGGAGCGGGGAAGCUGUAUGACUUUGGCUUUCAAGAUCUUCCUCCCAACCCUCCGCGCACUCGGGCGAAAAGAACUGUGCCUCUUCAGAGAACAUCAUCUCUGGCCUGACAGGAGACAGUUCGGCCAUUGGUCAGAAACAGAGCUGCUUCAUGGGCACGGACUCCUCCAGAGAAGAAAGCCUGUUCUGUCAUCCCAGAAAGGCAGUCUAAGACCACGUGCCACCUGCCUUGUUUUCUUGCCAGGGUCGCAUGUGGGACUCUGCAGUGGCCCCUGUGAGAUGGCCGAGCAACGGUUCUGUGUGGACUAUGCCAAGCGUGGCACGGCCGGCUGCAAAAAGUGCAAAGAAAAGAUUGUGAAGGGCGUAUGCCGGAUCGGCAAAGUGGUGCCCAACCCCUUCUCGGAGUCCGGGGGCGAUAUGAAAGAGUGGUAUCACAUUAAAUGCAUGUUUGAGAAACUGGAGCGGGCCCGGGCCACCACGAAAAAAAUUGAGGACCUCACCGAGCUGGAAGGCUGGGAGGAGCUGGAAGAUAAUGAGAAGGAACAGAUAAGCCAGCACAUUGCAGAUUUGUCUUCUAAGGCAACAAGCACACCAAAGAAGAAAGCUGUUGUCCAGGCUAAGCUGACAGCCACCGGCCAGGUGACCUCUCCAGUGAAAGGUGCCUCAUUGGUCACCAAUACCAAUCCCCGGAAAUUUUCUGGUUUUUCAGCCAAGCCCAACAACUCUGGGGAAGCCCGCUCAAGCCCUACCCCUAAGGCAAGCCUGUCCUCAAGCAGAUGUGACCCCAAGCACAAGGAUUGUCUGCUGCGUGAGUUUCGGAAGUUGUGUGCCAUGGUGGCUGAAAAUCCUAGCUACAACACAAAGACCCAGAUCAUCCAGGACUUCCUUCGGAAAGGUUCAGCAGGAGAUGGUUUCCACGGUGACGUGUACCUAACAGUGAAGCUGCUGCUGCCGGGUGUUAUUAAGAGUGUUUACAACUUGAACGAUAAGCAGAUUGUGAAGCUUUUCAGCCGCAUUUUUAACUGCAACCCAGAUGAUAUGGCACGAGACCUGGAGCAGGGUGACGUGUCAGAGACAAUCAGAGUCUUCUUUGAGCAGAGCAAGUCUUUCCCUCCAGCUGCCAAGAGCCUCCUUACCAUCCAAGAGGUAGAUGAAUUCCUCCUUCAGCUCUCCAAGCUCACCAAGGAGGAUGAGCAGCAACAGGCCCUGCAGGACAUCGCAUCCAGGUGUACAGCCAAUGACCUUAAAUGCAUCAUCAGAUUGAUCAAACAUGAUCUGAAGAUGAACUCAGGCGCAAAACAUGUGUUAGAUGCCCUUGACCCCAAUGCCUAUGAAGCCUUCAAAGCCUCACGCAACCUGCAGGAUGUGGUGGAGCGAGUCCUCCACAAUGAGCAGGAGGUGGAAAAGGAGCCAGGCCGGAGACGAGCUCUGAGUGUCCAGGCUUCACUGAUGACGCCAGUGCAGCCCAUGCUGGCUGAGGCCUGCAAGUCCAUCGAGCAUGCGAUGAAGAAGUGUCCUAACGGCAUGUUCUCUGAGAUCAAGUACGAUGGGGAGCGAGUCCAAGUGCAUAAGAAUGGGGACCACUUCAGCUACUUCAGCCGCAGCCUCAAGCCUGUCCUGCCUCACAAGGUGGCCCACUUUAAGGACUAUAUCCCCCAGGCUUUUCCUGGGGGCCACAGCAUGAUCUUGGACUCUGAGGUGCUCCUGAUUGACACUAAGACAGGGAAACCGCUGCCCUUUGGGACUCUUGGGGUGCACAAGAAAGCUGCCUUCCAGGAUGCGAACGUCUGCCUGUUUGUGUUUGAUUGUAUCUACUUCAAUGAUGUCAGCUUGAUGGACAGGCCUCUGUGUGAGCGGCGGAAGUUUCUUCACGAUAACAUGGUUGAAAUUCCCAACCGGAUCAUGUUCUCAGAAAUGAAGCAAGUCACUAAAGCUUCAGACUUGGCCGACAUGAUAAACCGGGUCAUCCGAGAGGGGUUGGAAGGACUGGUGCUGAAGGACGUGAAGGGUACCUAUGAGCCUGGAAAGCGACACUGGCUGAAAGUAAAGAAAGACUAUUUGAACGAGGGGGCCAUGGCUGACACAGCUGACCUGGUGGUCCUUGGGGCCUUCUAUGGGCAAGGGAGCAAAGGUGGCAUGAUGUCCAUCUUCCUUAUGGGCUGCUAUGACCCAGGCAGCCAGAAGUGGUGCACGGUCACCAAGUGUUCAGGAGGACACGAUGAUGCGACGCUUGCCCGCCUACAAAAGGAACUGGACAUGGUGAAGAUCAGCAAGGAUCCUAGCAAGAUACCCAGCUGGCUGAAAAUCAACAAGAUCUACUAUCCUGACUUCAUAGUCCCAGACCCAAAGAAAGCUGCCGUGUGGGAGAUCACAGGGGCUGAGUUCUCCAAAUCUGAGGCUCACACGGCCGAUGGGAUCUCCAUCCGAUUCCCUCGUUGCACCCGGAUCCGUGAUGAUAAGGACUGGAAAUCUGCUACUAACCUCCCCCAACUCAAGGAACUGUACCAGCUGUCCAAGGAGAGGGCAGACUUCACUGUGGCGACCGGAGAUGAGGGGAGCUCCACUACUGGGGGCAGCAGCGGAGAGAAUGAGGGUACCCCGGGGCCUGCUGCGUCUCGUGAGGCCUCCAGGGCCGCCCCGAAGCAGCCCUCCACCAGUGCCAAGAAGGCAGGAGGGAGGCGGAGCAGCCCCUCCAGCCGAGGCGGCAACAAGCCAACAGCGAAGCCUCCCCCCAUGAGAGUGGGAGAGAAGCGGAAGGCUCCGGACGAGCCCCCGUGCCGUGCAAAGGUGCUGCUGGACAUCUUCACUGGGGUACGGCUUUACCUGCCACCCUCCACUCCAGACUUCAGCCGUCUCAGACGCUACUUUGUGGCAUUCGAUGGGGACCUGGUGCAGGAAUUUGACAUGGCCUCAGCCACACAUGUGCUGGGGAGCAGGGACAAGAACCCUGAGGCUCAGCAGGUCUCCCCUGAGUGGAUCUGGGCGUGUAUCCGGAAACGGAGGCUGGUAGCUCCCUGCUAGGACUGCAGCCCUCCCUCUCCUUUGGCUGCACUCUUCCCUGCCACGCCACAGGGCUGUGCUCUUGCUGGGCAGGCGGGCGGCUGCAAGAACCAGGGGAGGCAGGUGGCAUUUCUUCUCUAAGCAGUGUGUCUUCCAGAACCCGCCAGCCGUGCUUGGUCUCUUCCUGACCAGGAUGGCGCCCCCCAGGGGAAUCACUUCCUCCUGCUGGUUUACAUAGAUCUUUCAGAUCUGGGUGCUGGUUUGGUUGUCCUUCUGUUUUCUUUUAAAAGCCUUUUUUUUUCCCCCUAUAAAUAAAAUAUCUUGCGGUUAUCCCUGGCCUUCCCCCACUAGCCCCUGUAACUUCCCUAGCGAUUAAGGAGUGGAGCAAACGUUGGGCUGUUGAAGGCUGCCCACAAAGCCACCUGCCCCUUUUACUUGCAGGCUCAUUUUAAAGUUCUAUUUAAAAAUCGCCUUCAGAAACGCUUCUUAUUAUUUGGCAAACCUUGUAUUCAACUUGGCCCUUUUUGCCAGGAAUGAAUCUUUAUUUGAAAGAAAACAAAAUGAAUUUUAUGACUUAAUUCUCUGUGUUCUCCUCUUCCAGGGUGUGGGUCCGGUUUGAAGGGAGGGAACCAGGAUCAGGUAGGAAAACGGGGCCUUUUCUACAGAAGCGAGGUUGUGUGAGCUAUUCCUCUGGGGAACACGGCUCCAGGAAGAUCUGCCUCCCCCAAAUCCCGAAGCAAGACCAGUUUUGAAGGUCAGAAACCAACCUGAGGACAAAACCUACCCAGCGUCCUUGCCAAGAAAGGCUCCUGUGCCAUCAGGGCUGGUUUCUUUGAAUAAAACGAAAACAAUUUAGUGUA